CCUGCGGCAGGUGGGGGAGUGUAAUAACUGCUGCCAGCUACUUCCUGCUUUCACUACCACCAUUUCUUUCAGCUUACAGGAGCAAGCAGUUGCAACAGUUAUGGGUGUGUUAACUCUUCAGCUUUUGGUAUGUGGCCAGCUAAUAUUGUUGUCGUUUGUCUUGAAUAAUAUAACCGGUGCACAAAGGAUCAGUAUGUCACCAUCAAGCUUGACAACUACAAUAGCUCCACCUCUGAAUGCAACAGGAAACCACACCGAAAAUGUCUCAAAUUUAUCAAGCUAUUCAGCAUACAAUGAUAGCGCAACAACUCAAAACAACUGGACAACUCCCACCACUACUUUGGGACCCAACCAAAGCAAUGUAACAGGAUCAGCAGGGAAGCUAAACACAACAGAAAAUGCUCAGACAACCCAAUCAGCCACAUCCUCAACAUUCAACAUCAGUUCAACAGCCAUCACUUCUACAAACAGCACUCAUAGCAGCAAUGGAAGUGCUACAUCAAGCACUACAGCAGUGACCCAAUCCACUGCGAUUAUUUCUACUGCUGUAACUCAAAACAGCUCAGCUUCCUUCAAUGAAUCUCAAGCAGACGGUGGCCUGAAUCAUUCAGAGAAAUCUCUGACCAUUUUAUUCAGCAUUCUGCUUGGUGUAAUAGUUCUGGUAAUUCUGGGACAUUUUGUGUACAAGUUCGGCAGGAGCAAAGAGAGAAGUGUCCAAUACACUCACCGCCGCCUCCAGAAUGAAGAUACAGGUGAGCCGUUUGCACUGCCAGAUGACACGCUGGUCAUUUCAGGAGGACUCUAUGAUGGCCCUCAGAUUUACAACCCCACCAUGACAGUGCAGAACGAAGAAUUCCAGACAGAUGCAUCUGGAUUUGCUUCCAGACCCACUCAGUUCCGCUUGGAGUUUCUGAGAGAGGAUCAAGACAGAGCAUUCGACCAUGAGACCUCCACCUUUCAGACAUUCCAUGCACAUGACCAAGAGCCUUAAGAUCUCAGCAACAAACCUCUUUUUAUUAGAAAAAAAAAACUUUUAGUUGAAGAGUCCAUGGGAAAAGACUGUUUUUAAAGUUACAUUUUUUGAACUUUGAAACUGAACAUUUGAAGUAAUGAAAUUAGUGAACAUAAAAGAUAAACACAAAUGUAAAUACAAAUAUGUGAAAAACACAACCAACAAUACCAGGAACCAGCAUUUUUUGAUAAACAUGUUAAGGUACUGUAUUUUAACUGAACAUACUAUAUAUAGAGAAACGGUGUACGAAGAGCUUAGAAUAAAUAAUAUAAAUAUACUUCUACUUAUUCAAACAUCAGUAGAAAUUGCAAGCAAUCAAAAGCUAUUGUCUUAAGAGUAUGUGUACUCUAAUAAAAAAAAAAAGGAUAAUCACAAAUUGUUUGAUGCUUUGAUACUUUUAAGCAAAGAUUUUGUCUGUUACUUUUUUUUUCCUCUUAUCUGAAUUGCUAACGGUGGUCCAUCCAGCAUCUCGCAUUCUCUUUAUUGCAGCCAGUUUUAGCACUGUUCCUGGAGACUUACAUGGAAAAGAACUCUGCACCUGUACAUCAUUUGCACAUGAUGACAGUCAAAACAAGAACAUAAAGGAAUAAAAUUGGGACAAAACUGG